AUGGAAUUGAAGAGUGGCAUAAGGAAUAGGAGUUACAAAAGUGGACAGCUGGGCUCUGGGCUGACGUGGGGGAAGCCGGGCGUUGAAGUCAGAGGAGAUGGACAGGACAAUGUAAGGAAAGAGGAAAGGAUAAAAGAUGAAAUGGACAUGGAAAACAUGCGCUAUGAUCUAAUGGGCUAUUGGAUAAUGGAGCUUCGUUUACCUCCCUGUGGAGUGGGAGGUAAGGAAUUGCUCUCAAUUGUGGUGAGAGCUCUUUGUCCUAGAGCAGGAAUCAUUUGGGAUCCUUCUCCUGCCGAAAUACACAUAAAGGAACCCAUAGAAAAGGAAGUAAAUCCUCGCUUAUUACCAGGUGAACUGCUGCUUUGCGAGGCAAACACGGUAUACAAGUAUAUACAAGAAGAUGGGUCAAAUCGUGGCACCUAUGGGAAGCUUGUAUGCACAAACUUCAAGAUUGCUUUCCUUGAUGAUGAUUCUGCUUCAGAUGAUAAUGAGCCACAAUUCCAGAAUAAGAUUGUAGGAGAAAAUGACAUAACCCUGCAAUGUGUAGAUCAAAUCUAUGGAGUUUAUGAUGAGAAGAAGAAACUUCUAACUGGACAACUGAGAAAAUACCCGGAGAAGCUAAUUAUCUACUGUAAAGACCUUAGAGUAUUUCAUUUCUGCCUGAGAUACACAAAAGAAGAGGAAGUGAAAAGGAUCGUCAGUGGUAUAGUUCAUCAUAGCCAGACUCCUAAGCUGCUUAAACGCUUGUUUCUGUUCUCGUAUGCAUCAGCUGCCCCAAACAACACAGAUGGAAGAAACCAAACUGUGAUGUUUGAUACCCUUGAGGACUGGCGUGAUGAGUUGGAGCGGACCAAAGGGAAUGUGAAAUACAAAGCAGUGACUACCAACGAAGGCUACAGAGUCUCUGAAAAGCUGCCUUUGUAUUUUGUUGUUCCCAUAUGCGUUUCUGAAGAGAGUAUCUUGAAGUAUGAAUUCAAGUUGGCUUUGGCUUCCUACCUCAUACCAGAGUUUAAGAACCAGCAAGACAGAGCAGAUAGAAACAAGGAGCAAAGUAACCUCGCUUAUGAGAUUUGGUGUUGGUCUUGUCAUAACGGUGCUGCUCUUCUCAAAAUGUCUGCAUUUCCCAAAGAACAGGAUGACAGCACUUCACAAAUGCAAAAAGCCUUCUUGGAUGGAAUCUAUAAGACAAUUAGCAAACCUCCCUAUGAACUCCUGAAGACAGAUGACUUGUCAAGCAGCCUUCCAUCUCUGCAAGAUAUCCAGACUGCAUACACAAGAUUUAAACAGCUGUUUUUGAUAGAUAACAGUACAGACUUCUGGGCAACUGAUGUGAAAUGGUUUUCAUUACUGGAGAGCACAAACUGGCUAGAGAUAAUCAGGCGAGUCCUGAAGAAAGCAAUAGAAGUUGCUGAGUGUCUAGAAAGACAGCAUACAAACGUUCUCCUUAUAGAAGAGAGUGCUACUGAUCUGUGCUGUGUAAUCUCUAGUCUGGUUCAAGUGAUGAUGGAUUCAUACAGCAGAACAAAGUCAGGGUUUCAGAGCCUUAUCCAGAAGGAGUGGGUAAUUGGAGGACAUGGCUUUUUGGAUCGUUGUAACCACUUACAUAAAAGUGACAAAGAAGAGGCUCCUGUUUUUCUGCUCCUGCUAAAUUGUGUUUGGCAGUUGGUACAACAGUAUCCUCCAGCAUUUGAGUUCACAGAAACUUACUUAACUGUCUUGUCAGACAGCCUCUACGUGCCUAUUUUUAGCACUUUCUUCUUCAACUCGCAACAUCAAAAAGACACUAAUAUGAGUGGUGAAAGCCUCAAGACACAAAGUGGUCCUUUCAGAUUUCUUACUGUGUGGGACUGGUCUGUGCAGUUUGACCCCAAGGCCCAGGCUUUCCUGAACAACCCUCUUUAUGCAGAGAAGCCAAAACCAGAUAAAAGUCAACGGAAAACUGCACGAUUCAAACAUCAACGGCAACUUUCUUUGCCAUUGACGCAAACAAAAUCUUCCACGAAGAGAGGAUUUUUCAGGGAGGAAACAGAUCAUUUAAUUAAAAACAUUCUGGGCAAAAGAAUUGGCAAGUUCAUAAAUUCUUCAGAUGAGCUUCCUAAUAGCUUCAGGGAAUUUUAUGAUAGCUGGCAUAGUAAACCUGUUGACUAUCACGGUCUUCUGUUACCUCGCAUCGAUGGCCCUGAAAUCAAAGUCUGGGCACAACGGUAUUUACGAUGGAUUCCUGAAGCCCAGCUUCAUGGUGGUGGUACAAUAGCCACAGCUGCCAAGAUUUUGGACUUGAUGGAGGAAGUGCAAAGCUUGCAGGUGAAAAUGGAUGAAGAACAUAGUCAAGCUAUUUCUGGAGAUGUACAUUCUGUUCCAGUGCUGAGAAAUUCUGCCCGUUUGUCAUCCUUGUUUCCAUUUGCUUUACUUCAGAGACAGUCUGUCAAACCAGCUUUACCCACUAGCACCUGGAAAGACUUGGAAGAUGAAGAUGACUUGGUCAAGAGGGAUGAUGAAUUUGUUGAUCUAAGUGGUGAUAUGUCAUAAAAUGUAUAUAAAGUAAAGUAUGAAUUGUGUGUCGCUAAGCUCUGAGUUUUCAAUGUUGUGCUCAUAGAAGGAACUCACUCAAGCAUCUGCAGCCUGUUUAAUGGGUUUGUGGGGUUAA